GAUGGUUGAGUCAGAGAUCCAUCCGUACGAGGCAACACAUUGACAAAUUCGUGAUGUACGCCCCUCCACACCAAAACGUCUGUCACAACUCUGCACAACACCGCAGCAUCAGCAUCUGUUGGGAAUCCAGAUAAACGACCCAUCUCCGCCUUCAUAAAUGAUUGUGUAAAUAUGUAACAAUAACGAUAAUAUAUUUGAUCGAAGGACACACAGCAGAAAGCUGCUGUAUAGUACCAUGGGUGGCCAUGAUGAUGAUGACGUAUCUUAUCAUGUAGCCAACAACCAACAUCAAGAUGAAGUGCUGAAAAACAAAUUGAAUGACAGCGGCCUUUGGAGUGACCAAGAAUCCACAGACGGCAACAAUGCUAAGUGGGUCAAGGAGGGCAAGAACCAACUGAGGAAAGUAGCCGAGAAACAUCAGGACCAGGACCAGAAUGGGAACCAGGAGGACUUCUCUCCUCAUAACACCAACGAGGAGCAGGAGGAGGAGCAGCAGAGGAACGAGGGGCAGACCAAAUCUCCCAAGACCGCCAAGACCCUGGGCCUGAAGGAAGAAGAGCCCAAUACCAUCCUGAAAGAGUCACAACUCAUCAACACCCUGGUGUCUGCAGAGGAUAAAGACGAUGAAGGCGAAGAAGACGACAAAGAGAAGGAAGAUUCAUCUGAGGCAGAAGAAGAGGCCGGCAGUCUUAUAGAGGAAGAGCGGGAGUCCGAGCAGAGGGAUGCAGAGGCUGAAAGAGAGGGAAGUGGGGUGGCUAGAAAUCCCUGUCUGCUGUUCUCUAAUGUGAACGGAACACCAAGUGAUGAAGAAACCAACUGGUCAGCACUGUCUCAGGAAAGCAUUGUUGAAAGCCCUCCAAAUGAAAACAAAGAGUCCUUCUGGGACUCGGAGGCCUUUGAGGCGGACACAGACCUACCCUCUGGGUGGAUGCGGGUUCGAGACACUUCAGGUACCUAUUAUUGGCACAUCCCUACUGGCACUACUCAGUGGGAGCCUCCCUCCCCUCUGGACAAGGUGGGAGACUCCAUGAUGUCCUCCAGUAUGUCCCUGGAGACAACGCCCUGUGAGGAAGAGCCAGAGGAAACAUGGGGGGACCUCUCUAACCCAGAUGAAGGGACGAGUGAUGGAGAGCUGUGGAAGGAGGGAGAGGUGGCAUCUGACCAGAGCCUGAAGGAGUUUGAAGGGGCAACCCUGCGCUAUGCAUCCAUCAACCUCAACUGUUCCCAAUACGAGGAAGAGGAGAAACUUGAUCCCCAUGGCACUGACCUGGAGGCUAAGUAUUUUGCCGUGCGCUCUCUGGGCUGGGUGGAGAUGUCUGAAGAGGACAUGGCACCGGGAAAGAGCAGCGUGGCUGUCAAUAACUGCAUUAGACAGCUGUCCUACCAUAAACACAACCUCCACGACACUGCUGGCAUCUGGGGAGAGGGUAAGGACAUGCUGAUGGUCCUGCAGAAUGACACUAUGAAUCUGAUCGACCCACUGGGACAGACUCUGCUGCACUCCCAGCCCAUCGCCAGCAUCCGCGUGUGGGGCGUGGGCCGAGACAACGGCAGAGACUUUGCUUAUGUCGCGCGAGACAACCUGACCCAGGUACUCAAGUGUCACGUGUUCCGCUGUGACUCACCUGCCAAGAACAUCGCCACCAGUCUGCAUGAGAUGUGUUCCAGGAUAAUGACAGAGAGGAAGCUAUCCAAGCCAUUUCUGAGCAGGUACAAUUAUGACCAGUGCAAACCCAUGGAGAUUCCUGCUCAAGAGUUUCCCGUUCCAAAAAAUGAGAAUUUCCAACGUUUCCUUGUGUAUUACCUUGGUAACGUACCUGUGUCCAAGCCUGUAGGUAAGGGACGCAUGGGUGUGGACACAAUCAAUGAUGCUUUGGCGGCUGCAAUGAACAGCACAAGGAAGCAGGAUUGGACCCCCGUCUCUGUCAACGUGGCCCCUGCCACUCUCACCAUCCUCACCAGAGAGACUGAGGAGGUCUUGUCAGAGUGCCGGGUGCGGUUCCUGUCUUUCAUGGGUGUGGGGAAGGAUGUCCACACCUUUGCCUUCAUCAUGGCCGAGGGCCCCGGGGACUUCAUCUGUCACAUGUUCUGGUGUGAGCCCAACGCUGCCAGCCUGAGUGAGGCGGUGCAGGCCGCCUGCAUGCUGCGCUACCAGAAGUGUCUGGACGCGAGGCCUCCCAGCCUGGGCUCCUGCCUGCCCACUCCCCCUGCUGACUCCGUGGCCCGCCGGGUCAGGAUCGGGGUCCAGAGUCUGCUGGGAAGCUUCAAGCAGUACAGGUCAGGGUCCCAGUCCCCCUGAGCAGAAGAGAGAAGAUCUCCCCCCCAGUAACACUAACCCAUCACAGCAGCUCCAGCUUACUCCUCUCAUUCUCCCUUUCCUAUCGGACUUGCACUCUUUUUGGCCUUCCUUAGAGAAUGUCUUGUCAUUAGUGUAUGGCGUUAUAUGUAACUGAGGAAAUGCUUACUUACUAGUGAUUUCAAAGUACGUUUUUCUCUACAUCUACUGUAUAACUCUCCUUUAGCUUUGUACUCAAACUGAAUGAGCCCUGACAACUACCCGUUGUUUGUUCUGUUGCUGGGAUGUCAUCUGUUUGUCACUAUUUUUGUGUUUUAGCAGAAACCAUGUCUGACAGGAAGUGUUCGUAUGACGGGAUGUAAGUACAUGUUUCUUCACAGUAGGAGGUUAGGACGUAUUUAGGACGAUUCCACACAGAAAUACAUCUAAUUUCUUCCUCAGUGCAAUUAUGGUUGAGUCAUGGGGCCAUGCUUCUCCAAACAGUAACACCUCUUUUUCUACUGGUGUCUGAAGAAGGUCGUGCAAUCACGGUCGGGAACCUAGUAUAGUAGUCUCCUGAUGUUUGUUUUCUACCAUGUGGAUACCCUGUACACUCCUCAGCCUUUCUACUCCUGCCCAGAUGAGCUUCUCGACACUAGCCAUCUUAGAGCCCAAGUAGAGUGUGUUGUAGUCUUCCGUUAAAUAAGUGUAGAAUCAUGUGCCACGUUGUAGUGAACAACCACUGAUUUUAGGGUAUGCUGGAGUUGUUUCCCAUACAUUUUCAUGAACAUUUGCAAGUUCAGUGCUUGUGUGCAAUAAUCAAUCUUUCCUGUAUGUGGUAUUGGUAGAAUGGCUUCCAUAGGCUUAUAUAGCAGCACACACUGUGCUGUGGUUUCUUUAAUGUAGGGGCCUGGCUAUGUCUGACUAGUGUUUGGCCAACAAAAAGAGCCAAUGGUGAAAAUAGACUUCUGGUCAUGAAUAAGUGACCUAUAAAAUACAGCAUCUCAAGGCCUCGGUUUUCCAUCUGUUAGUCAACCACAGCUUUUAACCACCUCCACUGAAUAGUAGUGUAGGACCUCACCACACACUGCAUGUUUUAAUAGCUUAGAGGAAUAACCAGGAUCAUAUCUGCCUGCAGCGGUUUAGUGCUGAACUCUUAGUUAUUGUAACAUACUAGAUGUGUGCUACUUCAUGGUAAAGAUGCUGAAUUCUGUACCUGUUAAGUGUUUGUAAGGCUUGUCACUAGCCUAUAUCCGUGUCUAUCAAUAUAUAUGCUUGUAGUAGAUUAGUUGUCACUGUCAGGUCCUUCCCACUGAGUAGCUGAGAGCAGGUCCGUAUCUGUCUCCCUUAGUCACCGCCCUGGGACAGGGAUAACAUUGAGAGGAUGACUCCAGUGUUUUAGGAUUCUGUUCUUCCACUUUUUGCUCUGUUUGGCCCUGGACACUCUUAAGUAUUGUUUGUAUACAUUAUCAUGGACACUACUGAGGAGCUGUUGCGCAUUUUUGAUUAUUGAUUGUAUUAGAGAACAUUUUUAUGUUUAAAAAACGAAUGAAUUGUGUUUGUCAAGUAUUUAGUGCAAUAGUUAUUUGACCUAUAACUAAAUAAAACUUGUAAAAUAUAGAAACACUAUCUGAAAUUAGACUAGACACUAUAGUACUAUAGAUUGUAUUGUAUAAUACUGUAGAUUGUAUUGUAUAAUACUGUAGAUUGUAUUGUAUAAUACUAUAGAUUGUAUUGUAUAAUACUAUAGAUUGUAUUGUAUAAUACUAUAGAUUGUAUCGUAUAAUACUAUAGAUUGUAUCGUAUAAUACUAUAGAUUGUAUCGUAUAAUACUAUAGUGUAUCUUUUGUCACCGCUCACUUAUCAUUGUGCUCUUUUUUCUAAUUCUGUUGUGUUAGUACUUCCAAGGUCAACAUAAAAAACAAGUGAGUGUUUGAACACUAGUUUAUUAAUUUAUUUCACAAUUUAUGUAAAUUAGGUGUAUAAAAUGUAUCUGUAUAUAAAAGUCCCUGCACAAUAAAUAAAUGUGAACAUA